AUGGAUAAGGAGACGGAGAUCAUAGUGAAGGACUUCACCAGUGUCCUAGAUGAACUAACUUUCAACUCAAGACCUAUCAUUACCACUUUGACCAAGAUAGCAGAAGAGAACAUAUCAUGUGCACAAUACUUCGUGGAUGCCCUAGAAUCCCGCAUCGAAAAAUGCAUGCCCAGUCAGAAACUGUAUGCAUUCUAUGCCUUGGAUUCCAUUUGUAAGAAUGCUGGGAGCCCCUAUACCAUAUAUUUCAGUAGGAAUUUAUUUUCUCUGUAUAGGAAGACAUACUUACUGGUGGAUAACGUAACGAGAACAAAACUAAUCAAUAUGUUCAAAACUUGGAUGACUCCCAAUGAAACAACGGGUGGUUCAUUACCACUUUUUGAAAGAGGAGCAUUGGAGAGAAUUGAGCAGUUCUUAAUUAAGGCAAGUGCAUUACAUCAGAAGAAUUUCCAAUCCAUGUUGCCCACACCAACGGUGCCUUUACUGCUAAGAGAAAUUGAUAAACUGGCGGGGCUCACUAAUGAAAGAUUAAGGGACCAACCAAAUGAUCAGAAAUUGCAAACAAAAUUAAUGGUCUUAUCACAAUUGAAACAGGAAUUGCAAAGAGGGAAAUUAAGCUUGGAUGCUCUGAAGCAAGUGCAAUUACAACUAACUGAAGUGUUUGCACAGGAUCAACAAGUAUUACAAGAAAGGGUAAGAUACCAACAAUUUCAACAAGAACAACAAUUGAAACAACGGGAAAGAUCAACCACAACAUCAUCUCUGGAACCAACAGAGACACCGAUGCCCCUGGGAACCAAUAAUUCACCAUCACCACUAUUCAAUGGAUCUGUUUCCUCACUAUUUGGUAACGUUUCUAGGAUUGUCACACCAGAAGAUUUUGCUGAAAUGGAAAAGGCUAGUAAAUUGACAAGCAUACAAACCUUAUUCCAUUCCUUAAAUGGUGCAGGUCUGAUUUUUACUCCACCAAAGGAAUCCAUAGUAACAUUAUUUGACAAGAUCGACUCUACCAAUAAGCUAAAUUCGAAAAAGGCAAAAAAUAAUAAUUUACCUUCAAUAUCUUUCCUGCAAGAUGUAGUGUCAAAUUGUAAAGCAUAUUUUGCCACCGCCAAUGUAAAUAUCUUAAAUACUCCAACGUUACAACUCUCACAACAGAAUAUCGUAAAUGAUAACCCAGUAGUGACAAAAAGUUUAAUUCAUUUACUGUACCGAAACAAACCGAACAAAUGUAGCACGUGUGGGAAAAGAUUCGGUAACAGCAUUGAAGAGAGGAAACUACAAACUGCUCAUUUAGAUUGGCAUUUCAGAAUCAAUAAAAGAAUAAAGGGCUCUUCAACUACAAAUGCACAGACAAAUGCAAUGACUUCUCAAAAAAAUAUUCAAUCAAGAAAUUGGUAUUUACAUGAUUCACAAUGGGUCAAAUUCAAUGACGAUGAAAUCGUCUCCACACAAAAUACAUUCAAUGAAAACCCUAAGCAAACUAUAGCUGAUGUUGAUCAACAGAAAUAUGCAUCCGGCUCAAAUGGUAGCUCAACUGCAACCAAUAUUCAAAUGUCAAAUUUCGAAGAUAUGUUAUCAUUAAAUAAGAAUGAUGCAAAUAAUAGUACCUCAGAAACGGCUGAUUUGAGUAAGAAAUACGUCAUCGUUCCUGAAUCUACCGAGGAUAUGACUUUUCAAUGUCCCGUUUGUAAAGAUUCGGUUACCAGUGUUUAUGAUGAGGAACUAGGUGAAUGGAUAUGGAAGAAUACAGUAAUUAUAAAUGGUAAAAAGUUCCAUUCCACUUGUUAUUACGAGACAAUUAAAAACAAUUCAUCGUUAUAG